AGAAGCUCGAGUUUCAGAAAAUUAACCCAUGGAAAGAAGGCCAGGAAAGGAAGAGAUGUCUCCCAACUUAAUUGAAAUCCAUUACAGAGGAUGCCAUGGGACAAAAGAUUAAAAACAAAACAGAAAUCGGAGGCCCAGAGUGGGGAAGUGACUGGCCCACCAUCACGCAGUCUGCACGGAACUGAGGAUAGACUCGAACCCGAGUCCUUUGCCCCCUCUGUCCAGCGCGCCCCCUCCGGCCGGAGUUUCCAGGAUGCCCCCCCCCAGCCCCCGGCGCUCGGGUGUCUGAAGUGGCCCGAGGGGUCCCCGGUGCCCGCUGUGCCGGCCGGCGGGGCCCCGGAGCCAGGUGCGCGGGGCCGGGAGGCCGGAGACAAUGCGAGCGGCCCGGGAGAGUGGGGGGAGGAGGUUUCGGGGCGGCGACGGGCGGGCUGCCUUUUUCUUCGUCCCCUCCCAGCUCCGCGGCCGCCCUCGCAGCUGCAGGACACACAAUCGGCCGCCCGACCACAGCCACCGUGCAUAAUUAGCCGUGGGGAGGGGGCGCCUUUCACAGGGCUCCGCUCCCCCCACCCGCCGGCCCCUGGAACCCCCUGCCCAACAAAAGCCGCUUUCUUUGGGGCCGAGGAUGAAAUUUACAGGCCAGCGAAGACUCCUUUCCCAGAUCUUGCUAUAAAUGAUGGGAUUGCCUGGCAACUGGGAAACUCACCUCAAACCCAGGACCAUGGCCUGGCCAGAGACAGAAUUAUCAGUUUCUAGAGAUGGGCCUAACCAGUCAUGAGUUUAAGAAGAACUAUGUUAAAAUCUGGCUCUUAGACUCUUGUUAGCUGUAAGACCCUGAGCAAGUCACUAAACCCAUCAUCAAAAAAAUAAAUAAAAAAAGAUUAAUGAAGAA